AUGAUCUACUUUGUAUUCUUACUGCUGGGAUUUACCCAUAGCCAGACAACACAGCCGGUAAGUUAUAAAAGGUAUCUAUAGUCUCUGGUAUUUAUAAUUUAUAUAGCGAACUGGUAAGUUAUAAAGGGUAUUUAUAGUCUCUGAUUUUUAUAAGUUAUUAUGGGGUAUUAACAUACAGCUCUUAGUCCCUGUAGGGUAUUCAUAAUUGAUAUAAAGCCAGGUCACUAAGGUGGUAAAUUAUAAAGGGUAUUUAUAAUCUCGCUCUCAGCCUCCAUGGGGUAUUUAUAAUUUAUAUAAAGCCAGGUCACUAAGCCAGUAAAUAUACAUUGUAUUUAUAAUCUUGCUCUGUGUACAUACACCAAGUACAAUACAGGAAUACAAUGCCCGUGUACUAUAUUAACUUUCUGUAACUGUACUUACUCUACGGGAGCUUUAGUGCACACUAGAGAUGUACGCGGAGAAAAUAUUUUUUUUAUUCUUUAAUUUUUGAAUUUCUGUUUGUCUAAAAUUUGAAAAUACUGAUUCAAACUUAGCGGAUUUCAUCUGAAAAUGUUGUUCUCUUUCAAAACUCCGAAUUCCAUAUGGGGAAAAAAAUGAACGUGGCAAACAUAAAGUUACAAAGUACCAAUUUAAAGAGCCAUCUGCUAAACUGCUAAAAGGUCAAAAUUUAAAAAAGCCAAUUUCUUAAUUUUGAUCUAUCAGCUGUUUAAUACCUAACUUGCUAUCCUUAUCAAAAUGGAUGGAUCGGAAAAUGUUAGUUUUGAUUCGUUACGGUUACGUUUGUUUUGUCUAAUUUUCCAUCAGUUUGGAAAUUUGGAGGCUUCCGGAUUGCCAUAUUCAGAUGAAUUUGGAUGAGAAUAGUUUUGCUCCGAACCAAACAGCACUCGUGCAAUGCACACACAAACAUCAUUUUCACAUGUUAGUGCACCCCUAAACCCCAUUGGGUUCUAUACAAAUAAUCACAAACCAGAUAUCUGACUGUUUUUAUUCAUUGCUGUCACUUGUAUUGUAUGUGGGAAACAUUAUGACUGAGUUCAUUUUCUGCAUGAAUUGAUAGGAGCCAUCAUCAUUCUCUCUACCCUCUGUAUAUCGGCCAUAAACUGCACAUUUCUUUACUCUCUCACACCUUUCUCAUAUUAUUUAAUAUACAAUAUAAUCCUAUUUAUUUAUUUAAUAUAUAAUAUAAUCCUAUUUAUUUAUUGAUUGAUUCAUUUAUUUAUUAUACAAUAUAAUCCUAUGUAUUUAUUUAUCUAUAUAUUUAAUAUACAAUAUAAUCCUAUUUAUUUAUUGAUUUAAUAUACAAUUUAAUCCUAUUUAUUGAUUUAAUAUACAAUUUAAUCCUAUUUAUUUAUUUAAUAUAUAAUAUAAUCCUAUUGAUUUAUUUAUUGAUUCGUUUAUUUAUUAUACAAUAUAAUCCUAUGUAUUUAUCUAUAUAUUUAAUAUACAAUAUAAUCCUAUUUAUUUACUUAUUUUAUAUACAAUAUAAUCCUAUUUAUUUAUGUAUUUAAUAAAAAUAUAAUCGUAUAUAUUUAUUUAAUAUACAAUAUAAUCAUAUUUAUAUAUUUAAUAUACACUAUAACCCUAUGUAUGUAUUAAAUAUAUAAUAUAAUCCUAUUUAUGUAUUUAUUAUGCAGUACAAUCCUACUUAUUUAUUUAAUAUACAAUAUAAUCCUAUUUAUUUAAUAUACAAUAUAGUCCUGCAUUAUUUCUUGCUAUUUAUAUUUAACAAUGAAUAUAUUCACCCUGGAACCAGCAGAACUGCUAUUUUUACACCUUUGUUGGUUCUGAAACAUUGUAUAUUCUGAGACAUUAUUCUGGGGUAAAUUUGCAUUCCCUCAGCAGUCUCUCUCUCCCUCUCGCUGUCCCUAAAUUGAUUAAAGCCCAUCAAGUUCAUCCGUUGAGCCCAUUCUUUUAUGAUGUCUAUCAGAAAGAACACAAAAUAAGCCAAUUGCAGCCAUUUCCAGUUAUGCCACAAAAAAAUGAAAACAUCCUUUAUGAUGCCAUAAUGGCACUCAUAUUUAUCUUCAGUUAUAUCCUUGAAUAUUAUUUUCAUGGAAAAAAAAGCAUUCACACCUUUCCUAAAUAUCUAUAGAAUCUGAUAAGACAACAUUUUGUGGCAUCUUUAUUGUUCACACUAUAAAGAACUCUUUCCUCUGCUGUAAGUUAAAACUCCUUUCUUCCAGUCUCAAUCUCUGACCACUUGUCUGUUGUAUAUUCCUGCUAAUAAGCAGGUUAGCACAAAGCAGUUUGUACUGACCCUGUAUAUAUUUAUACAAAGCUAUUAUAUACUGUCCGAGGCACCUUUUUUUCUAAAGAACACAAAUUCCGUUUUACUAGUCUUUCUGCAUAACUAAUGUUUUCCAUCCCCCUUGCUAGUUUUCCAGUUCGCCUCAGCACUUAUUCUAGUUUUCAAUCUCCUUCUUUAACCCCUUAAGGACACAUGACAUGUGUGACAUGUCAUGAUUCCCUUUUAAUCCAGAAGUUUGGUCCUUAAGGGGUUAAAACUGAUGCCCAAAACUGCAUUUCAUAUUCAAGGUGGGGCCUUGCUAUGGAUUUAUAAAGAAGCAAAAUUAUAUCUGGAUCAUAUGAAACAAUACCCCUUUUUAUACAUGAAGACACCAUACUAACUUUUGUAAGAUCAGUUUAGCAUAGCAUAGUUGCUCAGUUUGUUAUCUAUAAUGUCUUUCAUAAAACCAUGUUGAUUCUUGCUGAUAUUUUUGUUCAAAAUUCUAUUCUUGAAUAUUAUCCCUUAAUAGCCCUUCAAAUAGUUUCCCAAUCACAGAUGUAAAGCUCCCAGGUCUGUAGGGUUGAGCAUUUGAACCUUUUUUGAAUACACGUACCACAUCUGCUUUUCUCCAUUCCUCUGCUACAAUUCCUGAAAGAAAAUAAUCCUAAAAAAUAUUUAAACCUUGUUAUGGAUAUUUCUACAUUAAGCUCCCUGAGGACAUAUCUGUGAAUACCAUCUGGCCCUGGGGCUUUGUUCACAUUAUCUUUAAUUUCUGAUGCACUCUAUCCUGUGUUAACCAAUCACCAAUACUAUGUUAACCAAUCCUCCUUGAUUAAAUCACCAAUCUCACUUUCCAUUGGACCAACACUUUUUCUUUUAACCUUAUUGGCAUUAACAUACUUAAAAAACCUUUUUGGGCUUGGUCUUUCCCUCUUUGGCUAUGAGCGUUUCAUUUUCAAGAUUAGCCAGUCUAAUCUUUUAGAUUGCAAGCCCUAUUGGCAUGCUUACAUUUUUUAUAGGAUGCCAUCAACUUCUUUGAUAUGAAUGCCCUUUUCUCAUCUUUUAUAAUUUGACUGACCCUUGUAGAAAGCCACCUUGGAUUUAAUUUGCUUCUUUCAUAUUUGUUUCCCAAUGGUAUGUACUGAAAAAUGUACUUUUGUGGAUUUCUAUAUUUCAUUUUAUUUUUCCACGCCUCACAAAUUAAUGUUUUUAUAAAUAUAGAGAUAUGCAAACAUAAUAUUAAAAGUUACCAGUUUGGGUCCUACAACUUUUUGAAUUUAUUCUGUUUCUAUAAAUAAAAAAUAAAAAUGAUGAGUUCUCAGAAAAGAAUUCAGGAACAAGAACUUUCUGAGAAAUAAUAUAAAAUCAGCUGGAAAUUAACCCACACAGAGUUUUUCAGUUUACAGAAAAAUUCAAAUCCUAGUCAGCAAUGCACACUGUAAGCCUGGCUUUUCUUUACAUAGAAAGGCAUUUAAUUAAAUUAAACAUAAGAUUUUGAAUUAUCUGUGAAAAUGGGAAAACUCUACAAACUGUUCAUUUAUUUUAAUUCUUCAAAUUAUGUUAAUUUUAUUGAAUUUUUUUUUUUUUUUAUCAAUGCAUUGUGUAAUCAACAGUGUGUUUAUUAAUUAUUCCCAUAUUCCCACCCCAGGUCCAGCAUUCCAAUGGGUCUCUGGAUGAACAUGGGGUCUGUCACUGCACAGUAAACCUCUCAGAUUCCACCUUCCCGGCUAAUCGCAUGGAGUACCUCGAGAUCUACAAUUACAACCUGAGUAUCAGCGUCCAACAACAGAUCACUAAGGUAGACCAUUUCCUAUAUUAGACCAGGCUUCCCCAAGCUCUGGCCCUCCAGAUGUUGCUGAACUACAACUCCCAUGAUUCUAUGAAUGAAAUAGAUAGGCUGAGAUGGGGAAGCCUGUAUUAGAGCAUGUAAAUAGCAUUAAUUAAUGCAUUGUUACAAUUCUCCAUGUAAUUGUGACAGCAAUAGACACAGUAUCUCUAUAUUUCCCCAAUUCCUCAGAUACACAGCUAUGAACUCAUGGUCACCGACUACAUGGAGAAGCUGAAAACCUUGGAGGACUUUCUUACACUGACUUGGACUUCAAUUUGUUGAUGUUGGAGGUCAGAGAGAUGGAGUCUCUAAUUCUGGAACUGAAAAUGUCUCUUAAUGGGACCAACGCAGUUGUGGAAGCUCUCUACGUUGAGGUAUUGCGGUGUAUUUGGAUGGUGCCACUUGCUAUAUCACGGAGCAGGAUGUUAUAUUAAACUGUAUGGGCGGGCAAGGGGAGACAUAACAUUCCUCCAUUUGUUAUUAAUGGCUUCAUCUCUGUGUGCUGUUUGAGGCAUGCCAUUGACUUGUUGAAUCUUAUUAUUUUAUUAUAAUUACUAUCAGAAAUUAACUGACAAACAUGAGAAUGUCUGCCAGAUUGAAGACAUUGUAUUAAAACAAGAUAAGUAUAUCAAUUCUACACUUUAUUCUGCCACAAUUCUCAUCCUGUCUAAACGAUGAGAUGUAUGAAGAAUAAGGAUUUUUUUAAUAAAAUCGAGGGAUUUAUUCAUAAGUGCGUAUUUUAACAAAUGUGACAAAUUAAAAUUUUAAAUCUUGCCAUUUUAAAUCUUGUAAAAUGAACAGAUUCUGAAAGAGGAAGAGAAGAGGAAUGAUUGGAGACAGGUACGUUUGGGAUGACAGAGACACUGUAAGGUCAAAGUAUUUGAAUUCGAGACACAAGUUAGCUAUUCCACCAGUUCGGUUACUUUGGAGUUACAUUUGAAAUUAACUUUGAAAUCGUUCUUUAGUGAAAAACUCUGACAAUGUAUAACAAAAUACAUAAUAAUAAUAAUUAUUAGUUCAGGUGUCUGUUCCAGUGCUGUCCUCACACAAAUAACUUUUUCUGGAGAUCACUGUUUUAUUCCGGUGAUCACUUUAUAUUUAUAAAAGGGUCGCCAACCGGGGGUUUGGGGGAGGGGGGGAAGCUAAAGCCCAGAAUGUUUUGGCUCUAUAGCCUCCAAAGUUUUUUCCCUCUAUCAGCAGGCCCAGCACUUACUUAAAAUGUGCCCUACUGGCACAUGCAGAGGGGUGUCUGAAGGAGUGGAAGGGGAGAUCUCGCUCACAUGCCAGUUACCCCCCACUUUAGUGGGUAAGGGGGAGCCCAGAGAGCCUCAGGUCUCCCCGUCUGCCAGAUGCCGAGAUGAUAUAUGGUUGCUGUGAGUUAUCAUGGAAACACUCUCAUAUUCUGAGCCAGGAGCUCACAUUACAUGGUGUCUGUUUCCAGCAAAGAGAGAGACCAGAGGCUCUACAAAAUGGACAACCAGUGAAAAAAAGCAUAAUGUCCCUACUCCCUGCCCCAAAUAUUACUAGAGGGAGAAAUAAAAAUAGAUAGGUAGAUUAAACAACAUUUUAAGCUCCAUCUCAUCCCUCAUCACACUACUACCCCUAUCCCUACACAGCACCCCGAUACAUAACCAAGACAGACACACACUGCAUCCCCAGCUCACACACAAUACAUCCACUACACAGAUACUGCACCCCUCUCAUACUCAUUGCAUCCUCUAUAAACACACACUACUAAACAUAAACUUAAACACACACACUCUCUCUCUCUCUCUCUCUAUAGCCCCUAGAAACACAUACUACACUGCAAACACAAAUACACAUGCAGUCACAAUACUUUUUCUGUCCCUGCCCUGUAACUUAUGAAGAUACCAAAGACAAGUCACCAGCGAUUGUGAGUUUUAUUACAGUGGAACUCACUGAAACUCACAAUGCUUUAUGUUUUAUAGCUGUGGAGCUCGGGGAUUUACUACUAUGCAAACUCAUGUAAGAUUUUAUUUCUGUGUGUGCCUUUGUGUGUCUGUCUGUGCCUGUGUGUUUUUGUCUAUAUCUGGCAUGUUUUUGUCGAUGCCUGUUUCUUUGUGUGCCAGUAAGUGUAUGUGUAUGUGUUGGUACCUGUCCAUAUUUCUAUGUCUGUGUGUGGUUGUGCAUGUCUGUGUGUGGUUGUGCAUGUCUGUGUGUGUCUGCCCGUCUGUGUCUGUAUGUGAGUAUGUGUAUCUAUAUGUGUCUGUAAGUAACUGUGAGUGUAGGGAGGAGGCCGAGGGUGGAGCUUUAAAAGGUUUACCCUAGCAACUCGAUAAUGUUUACCACAAAAGAGCUUUACAAAAACUUUACCUGCUCUCUUACUCAUUGCGGCACUCCAUAUAACCUGAACAUGGUUAAUAAAAAUACAGCAAACAUAAUAAACACUAAACAUGGCAUGACAGACAUGACGUGUGAGAGAUAGAGAUACUGGUAGGCUACUGGUAGGCUAGAUGCACAUUGCACAGUGUGACCAGCUGUAGGUAAGGUUGAUGGAACCACAUUGAGCAGACCAGGCCCCUCUCUGCCAUUACACAGUCUUCAUGUCAUUUUUACAAUAUACUUUUAUAGAAAUAAUUUUUGUGACGAGACCAAUCUCGCCACAUUGCAUUGGAGAAGCCUGGUUGCUCGCCUGCUGCCUUUGGACUAUGGCCCCCUUUUAAAAGACUUUAUUUUUCCAUGCAGAAAAGCUGUAUUCGUGCUUUUCUGCCGGUUGUUCGGUAGUUUCAAUCUACCGAACAACCGUACGAAUGACUGGACCACCUGGGAGCUGGAGUGUGCCGGCAAUUAACCUCCCUGAAGCUGCGGUUAACCGCAGCUUAAUUGAUGAACGCUGGGUGGCCGCCGUUCGUAUCCCGAACACGAGGUCGCGGCCAUUUUAAACCAUACGAAUGAACAGCGGUGUUCGCCUCUAUUUUCAUGGAACUAAAAUCGGACACAGUUUUGCGCGAACACCGCUGAAGCCGCCGACCUCCCUUCUUGUUCGGUGAAAGCACACGAAUGACCCGGUGUUCGGUAUUUUUGUGUGAAUGUCUUAUACCCCAGAUAGGAAUCCCAUGGAGCCCAUUCGUAUGAAACUGACUGUAAAGACUUUGGCUCCAUGGCGAUUAAACUGUAUUCGUGUGGUCUGAGUGCCAUUCACCUAAUAAUGUGCACUCAGACCUGAGCUAUCUGGGGAUAUGUUACAUGUCUGUGUUUUAUGUAGUAAAUGUUACUUUGUGCAUUUUAAAGUAUUAUGCUGGUUUUGUGUUCCCACGUGUGUAAUGGAGUUUUGCCUUUGUCUUGGGAGAUAAUUGAGUUACUUCCCAAUUAUCUCCCAGGGCAGAGGGGAGGAAGCCAGGAUGCAUUGUGGGAAUAUACUGUGACUGUGUGUCCUUUUUGUAUACUUGUCUGUCCCUUGUCACAGUCUCCCAUUUGGUCCCCUAGGGGAGUGUCCACCAGGUGGGAGACCUGCAUAAAAGCUGGGCAGGUAGCCCUCAUUAAACAGACCACUGCUUGACCCUCAACACGGAGCCUUGUCUCGUCUUUGGGGGGAUUUACUGUAUGCUGCUAAGGACUGAUUGCCAGGAGUGUAAGCCGCUUGGAAGCUUUUCCUGUUCGCCUGCUAGCAGCUAUUCGUAUGGUUCCUGUUCGCUUAUUUGAAGUGCUACCUUAUUCCCUUGUAUGCCGUUCGGGAGUUUGGAGCAUUCACUUAUUGGCGGUUCGUGAGUUUUGGUGAUUAUACAGUAGCUGGGCCUGACUCUGAAAGGGGGAUUAUCGUCUAAGCGGUUUUUUCCCCUUUUGUGCAAAACGGUCCGUUACAAUUUUAUUAUAAUUUUUAUUUAUCAUUUUCUGUACAUAGUGAUCUAGGAGUGGGGGAGUGCAGCGGUGGUGGGCGAAUUGCUGAGGAUCCUGGGAAACGACAAUAUAUACAAAACUAACAGUAAACUGAGAGCAGAUUAAGGCAGUUUGGUCAGGUGCACUCUUAUCCUUAUUUAACAAUGAGGUCCAGCCUGGUGGGAAACAGUGAGGACUGGAGAGAAUGAGCUAGUGGGUUUAUGUGUGCCACAUGUGGUUUCUGGCCAAUAUAUCUUUAGGCCACCAAGAUAAAAGCCCCCCAUUCUAGCCUGAAUAUCAUUUAACACUCUCCUUGGUUGCUGUGAAUUAGUAUCCAAUUCCUACGUAGUUCUACUGGAAAUCUGUCUAGCUCUCUUAUUACAAAAUGUAUUGAUUUAAAUAAUUUUAAAUAAACCUGUAUUAAUUCUAUAAUCAUUUUAUGAAGCAUGUAUAUUUAACCUUUACUGUCUAUGAUGAGUGAGAGGGUACAAUAAUUUAUUAUUUUCCUGUCAUGUAUUAAUUCUAUUCUAGAUCCGUAAUAUUUCCAUCUUGGUCCACCAACUGGAGUCCUACGACAAGAAUAACGUUCUCGUUAUACGAAGGGAAAUUGUAGCCCUACAGAAACGACUGGAAGAAUGCCAGAGUCAUGUCAGCGCUACUCCCCUUCCUCCGGUGGACUAUGGUGAGUACCAAGUGUAGAACAUGGAAACAAAAGAAAGUUCCUUGUAGAGUAGUUAAUCACCUAACUCUUUUUUACACUGUAAUAUGUACUGAAAGCUAGGGGUGGGGGCUAGUGAUGUCCCGAACGGUUCGCCGAACGGUUCGCCACGGAUGGCGAUCAUAUGCGCUGUUCGGUCCGCCCCCUACUCGUCAUCAUUGAGUAAACUUUGACCCUGUACCUCACAGUCAGCAGACACAUUCCAGCCAAUCAGCAGCAGACCCUCCCUCCCAGACCGUCCCACCUCCUGGACAGCUCACUAAGAAUGCAGCUUCAAAAUGGAUGUAAAAUGGAUGCUGUCCAGGAGGUGAGAGGGUCUGGGAGGGAGGGUCUGCUGCUGAUUGGCUGGAAUGUGUCUGCUGACUGUGAGGUACAGGGUCAAAGUUACUCAAUGAUGACAUAGGGAGCGGACCGAACAGCGCAUAUGUUCGGCGAACCGUUCAGCGAACCGUUCAGGACAUCACUAGUGGGGGCUGGUCCUUAUGAUAAUGGGGAGCUGCACCCUCUGUUUUUUUUCAAAAAUCAAAUCAAAUCCAUUCUUCAGGGAAGGGCUAAUGAUAAAUGAAAAGAUGAAAAGAAAUGUGUCUGUAAUGAUUUUUUUUUUGCAGUUAGUCCCCACUCCCUUAUUGAUAACUGAUAUGUAAAACUUUUAUAAAGCAAUCACACAAAAAAUUUCCUAUUCCAGAUAUUCUUAGUCUGCCACAAAAUUAAUUCUGAUAUCACUCUUUGAUUUUGCACUGGGCCAUCACAAUUUAGAUAUCCUCGGCUUGAAUUUUGUUGCGUCUUUUAGUGCUGCUAGUCGUUAUUUGCAUUAGUGGUGGAGUCAGACCUACUAGAAGGUUGUUUUCCAUAUAUCUGUAUGUGUAUAUUUCUUGUGUUGGACAGGGCGUGAUGUCUCAUUGGGUCAGAGGCUUAAUACAUAAGAUGAAAUAAGCUGAGCCCAACAAGCAAUAAAAAUCAUGGUCUAUGUGUACACAGUGCUGUGUAGGUCAUACAGUGCUAUGUACUUUGAAGGCACUAAAUAAAUUAAAUAUUAGCCGUUCUUAUAUAAUAUAAUGCACCUAUACUUCUCAAGCAUUCUUGGGGGUGGGGGAGGAGGUUUGUAUUAUAUUUCCUUCAUUUGUUAUUGUUUUGUUUUUUGGGAAUGUGGAAAUAUAUACUGUACUGUGUUUAGUAUAUAUGCUAUAAUUAAAAGUAAGAGAAACAAUAUCAUAAAAAAAUUAAAGAAUGGCAUAUAAAUUGGAGAGGGAACAAAAACAUACAAAAUAGAAAAGGACAAACAUACAUUGGGAUAAGAUGAACAAAUAAUGACCAAAAGGAGAAGAGAAAAAGAAUAACAAACAAAACAAGAACACAAAGAGAGAGAGGAGAAAGUAAGACAGGGCAAAGAAUGAUAGAGAGAGAAAAGUAAUCAGAAAAGUCUAAGGAGUGGGGAACAAGGAAAUUCACAAUGCGCGGGUUAAGGAACAUAAAUAGAUAGGUGGUCAGAGAGGAGAUCAGACACAGCAUUAGAAGAGAGAAGAGGGGAGAAAGAGAUGAUAGGUCCAGGAGAGCAGAGCAGGUAUCGUAGGUUUCUGCCUCCUGGCAUUACCUGGCAUACGCUUCGAUACAGAAACAGAAUCUAAACAUCUGAUAAUCAAUCAACAUUUUUGUUUAAUUUCAAAAAGUGUUUUUAUAAAAGAAUGAAGUGAAAAAAAUAACAGAUUUCUAAGACAAACAAAACGGUGAAAUGAUUAUUAUUAUGUUUAUUAUUAAUGGUUUGUGUGUGAUAUUAUUGUUGACUCACGUAAUUAUCCUUUUAAACGAUGUCGGUAAAUGUUUUUGACAGGUACCUGUGAACAUGGAGGGCUUGUAAAUAUCAGCAAGCCAUUUACGGUGCAACUAAACUGGUUGGGAUUUUCUUACAAAUAUGGAGGAUGGGGCAAGGACUCUGCAAUGGGUGCAGAUCAGCAAUUUCACUUUGUGGCUCCUCUAUAAACAGAUGGACAGCAGAUGUAUAUGUUUUGCACAUAUUCUUCCUACCUUCUACUGUACAGAACACAUGCAGAGAAGAGUCUUAGCACCAGUGACUCCGGACAAGGUGGUGGUGUGAUAAUUUUCUAUACUACAACUGCUAUAACUCCAGAAACCUCUGUAGACCUUAAAACCUACACAGUAACACGUCUAGCGCUGACAGAUUCCACAUACAACAAUCAGUUCUCCUACUCAUCGUCAGCUUGGCAAGACAUUGACAUGGCCGCUGAUGAAGAUGGUUUUUAA